GGUGGGCGCGGAGGAGGAGGGGGAAAAGAGAAAGGAGGAGGAGGAAGAGGAGGAGGAGGAGGGCCCUGCCCCGGCCCCCGGCGGGGCGCUGGGCGCUGCGGGUGUGCAUGGCCCUGCGCGGGCGGCGAUGGCUGCGUGAUGAUGGCCCAGCGCGGGCAGCCCGCACCGCACGCCAUGGCUGCCAAAGAGGAGCUGUACAGCAAAGUCAUCCCCCGGCGGAACCGGCAGCACCGCGCGGGGACCAUCAAACAUGGCUCGUCGCUGGAGAUCCUGCUGUCAAUGGGCUUCCCCAAAGCCCGGGCACAAAAAGCACUGGCAUCGACAGGCGGAAGAAGCGUUCAAGCAGCUUGCGACUGGCUGUUUUCCCAUGUGGGUGACCCAUUCCUCGACGACACCCUGCCUCGGGAGUACGUCCUCUACCUGCGCCCCACCGGCCCCCUGGCUCAGAAGCUGUCUGAGUUCUGGCAGCAGUCAAAGCAGAUCUGUGGGAAGAACAAAGCUCACAACAUUUUCCCACAUAUCACCCUUUGCCAGUUCUUUAUGUGUGAGGACAGCAAGGUCGAUGCUCUCACGGAAGCUCUGCAGGCCACCGUGAUGCGAUGGAAAUGCAAAUUCCCUGCCCCUCUGCCUUUGGAGCUCUACACAUCCUCAAACUUCAUCGGGCUUUUUGUCAAAGAAGAAAGUGCGGAGGUGCUCAAGAAGUUUGCUGCAGACUUCGCUGCAGAGGCUGCUUCUAAAGCAGACGUCCAUGUGGAGCCCCACAAGAAGCAGCUCCACGUGACGCUGGCCUAUCACUUCCAGACCAGCCACCUGCCCACGUUGGAGAAGCUAGCGCAGAACAUCGACGUCAAGCUGGGUUGUGACUGGCUCGCCGCGAUAUUCUCUCGAGACAUACGCUUCGUUAACCACGAGACUCUGCAAGUGAUCUACCCUUACACCCCGCAGAACGAUGAUGAACUGGAGCUGGUCCCAGGGGAUUUUAUUUUCAUGUCCCCAGUGGAACAAACCAGUACAAGUGAGGGCUGGAUUUAUGGCAUUUCCCUUGCAACUGGCUGCUCUGGGCUACUGCCUGAAAACUACAUCACGAAGGCGGAUGAAUGUGGGACCUGGGUGUUUCAUGGGUCCUACUCAAUUCUGAAUACUACGUCUUCCCCAUGCCUUCAAGCCUUCACUGAUGGAGCUCUGGAAAGAAGACAGCAGGAAGACCAAGGACCUGGGGAUACGGGGCCACUCACUAUCAUCUGCCAGAACGUGCAGCCGCUGAGAAUAACCAGCCAGCCUGGGCCUCAGAAACGCUACCUGUUUGUCUGCAGACAUGGGGAAAGGAUGGAUGUCGUCUUUGGGAAGUACUGGCUGUCACAGUGCUUUGAUGCCAAAGGAAGGUACAUGCGCAGUAACCUGAACAUGCCCCACAGCUUACCUCAAAGGAGUGGCGGGUUCAGGGACUAUGAGAAAGAUGCACCCAUCACCGUGCUGGGCUGUACGCAGGCAAGGCUCGUUGGUGAAGCCUUGCUAGAAACUAAUACCAUUGUAGACUACAUCUACAGCUCCCCAUCGUUACGGUGUGUACAGACAGCACACAAUAUCCUGAAAGGUAUGCAACAAGAGAACAACCUGAAAAUCCGGAUAGAGCCAGGCUUGUUUGAAUGGACCAAGUGGGUCUCUGGGAACACGCUACCUGCCUGGAUACCCCCUGUGGAUUUAGCUGCAGCUACUCUAAGCGUUGAUACAACCUACAGACCUCAUAUUCCUGUCAGCAAGUUAGUGGUUUCCGAAUCUUAUGAUACAUACAUAAGUAGAAGCUACCAAGUAACUAAAGAAAUCAUCAGUGAAUGUAAAGGCAAAGGAAAUAACAUCCUGAUAGUGGCACAUGCAUCCUCCCUGGAGGCUUGUACCUGCCAGCUCCAAGGGCUCUCGCCACAGAACUCCAAGGACUUUGUACAGAUGGUCCGAAAGAUUCCAUACCUGGGGUUUUGUUCCUGUGAAGAACUGGGAGAUACAGGUGUUUGGCAGCUUACGGACCCCCCCAUCCUCCCUCUCACACACGGACCAACUGGAGGCUUUAACUGGAGAGAAACCUUACUACAAGAAUAGGCAAAGCUACAUGAGCAAGGCAAACCCAUCACCUUUCUAAGCAUUGGAGAAUGCUCUUCUUUCUUGUGUUUAUUGACAAAGUGGGGAAAAAACAGUCAUAAUUUGUUCAGUGGAUCACACAAGCAGCUGUUAUAACACAUCUCACACAGCCACAGUCAUGCAAGAAUUCUCACAUACAACUAGGCGUAUACAAAAGGGAGUGAUUUGAGGUUAAAAAAUAAAGUGCAGAUUGAAGCUCUUGCACAUCAGGGAGUCUCUGUUUAGUCAGUAGCUCAGGUAGAUUUUCCCACUUUGAAUGGAGCUCUAAUAAUACCAGUAACUAUCACUGCCUUCUGCACCACGUUAGAAACAACUAGCACUAUGUAAGAGUUGAGCAUUCAGGAUGCUGGGGGUUUGUUUCACUACUACGUUUGCAGAGCAUUAGCAGGCACGUUCAGGAUGAUGUGCUGACACCCCCCUUAAUCCUAGCCCCCAGAUUCUCAGCACCUUCCAUGAAGUGUAUCACCACCAGCUGGAAAUGAGAGUCCAGCAUUGCCUCUGCAGGCAGCAUCACAUUAUUCCUCUCCCCUGUUUGAGCACUGUGUUAGGUGUAGUGCUGCGUGCACUGUGGAUGCAAGGACUGAUUGAUGCUGAUCCAUGUCAGAAGACAAUUCAGGAUUCCACAUCAGUUACAGGUGAAGUUUGCACAUCAAAAGACAGCACAGUUGUGAACCAAGACUGGGAGCAGUCUCAUUUAAGUGGAGACAAAAUAAGCCUUUUCCAACCAAACCUGAAGGAUCUGGAUAGUUGCUAUUGGGGUUUUUCUCUUAUUAUUUAGGUUAUUGAAAUCCACCCUUGUGCACAGAGCCAGCCUUGUUGUUUGUGUCAUUUAAAUUCCCUUCAGAAGACCUUGGGAAAGGGUUUUCCCUUUCAUACUGAGAUUUUGUGCUGGUCAUCCACACAGCAGUGGCUUUCUGUCCCUUGUGGGCUUUUCUGUCAGGGCUGGUGAGGGUCUGCAGUAAGCAGCUUUCUUCAGGAGGUAACAAUGAAAUAGGAAAGAUGCUGAAAUUCAGCCUCUGCUGCAUACUUUGGUUUCUUUUCCUUAACUCCUAAGUGCCAUCCGUCAUAAAGACAAAGCAGAACUGAAAAAACAGUAUGCUUAAAUAUAGGAGCAAUGAGCUUUGGCCUGUUAAGAUGCUGCUUAUCCAUAGAGCAAGGGGUAGGAUUUGGGGAGAAGGGGAAGAGAAGGGUUUCCAUUGUACUUAAAAUCCUUGCAAUCACAAGAGGUGCCCUCUUAGUACAACAGACUACAAGAUGCCAAUACCAACUGCUUCACAGGAGAAUGCAAAAUCCAACACAAUGGGUAGCUAUGAGUGUAAACUGGCUUCAAAGCAGGUUUCUUCUAGAUUAAUAUUAUCUGAAGUCAUCAGCUUUGGGUCCAAAAGUUCCUGCAGACUUUUCUGCAGGUCUUAUCAGUGUAGAUUUGCUUUCAGAAGGUACUUAGAAAUGGUUUAAAUGGGAUGAAAGAGAUUUAGGCAUACUGCUUGCUUGAUUUGGGCCAUAAGUCUGAGUAUUCCCAUAAAUAGCAUCAAAGGCAAGUUCAGAAGUACCAGGAAAGAAAUGCCAGCAUCCUAGGUACCUUUCUUCUGUCCAGCUUUUCCAUUGCAGAAAGUAUUAGGCUCCUCAUUUGAAAGGUUUGCGUGGCACAGAAGUUUAUAAUGGUCAACUCUGACAAAGGCUUAUUAUUCAUAGCAAAAUGAAAGCUCGCUUUGUGUUGCUUCACCAGGAUACGAUGGAGCCGCACUUUCAGCAGUCAGAACCAAUGGGAAGUGAUAAACUGCAAUUCCUUCUUCAGUGAGGCAAACCCCUCAGCAAUUGCAAUGUAACAGGGCUGAAGAGGGUUUAGCUCAGCUUUGUCUCUGGUUUCAUUGAGUUUGCCAGGGAGAGGACACCAGAUUCUGAGUCAGCUGAGCGCUCAUCCUGUGCAAUAUAUCCAUUGCCAUGAGCUGUAACAAUAAUCCAUUAUUUAUACAUUUAUGACUAUGUAACACACAGCAGGCCAUUCGUAAGUGCAUUAUUAUACCAGGGAUGUAUACUGAAAAGUCAGGGAGAUAACUUGGGAAACGACAGAAGAAACUGCUCCCAUGCAGUUACACUGCUGUCGCUUUAGUUUUUAACUGUAAUUUAAACUACUUUUGGCUGUGUACAGGCGUUCUGAGGAGCCUUUCUGCCUUGCUUUCCUCCAUGCCUGCUCGCUGCAAAUUUGCAAAGGGUGUAAAACUAAGUAAUAGUGAUGACAAUCACACCAAAAGCUAAUUUGGCUAAUGAUGCAUGUGUAAUCCUCUGCAGUGCUUUUUGUUGCACGCUUUGGGCCAGGAAGAUGUUAUUUGAGGCAACAAAUACUGCCUAUACAAAACAGCAGAGGCUGCUCAGGUCCUGCUGCACUUAAGCAACGUUACAAAGGGUUUAUUUAGACAGGAGCAUGAAACAGAGAGGGAACAUAACCUGAAUGCACAAUUUGAAUAUUGUACUAGCUGAUCUUUGCAUAUAGCAAGUAACAUAGGAAAGAGUGUUCUGUUUGAGAAGGUAGAUGUUAAAAUACUCUCCUCUUAAAAUAUAUAUAUAUAUUUUUUGGAUGUUUGAGAAAGUAUUUUGACAAUUGUAGUCUUAUCUCAAAUUAGAUUCUUCAGGUGUCAAGAAUCUCAGAAGAAACCUUAUUUUCUUGUAGCAUUUUGAUUUCUCACAGGAGUAGCGUGUUGAGUAGUCUCAUGUCGAUACGGCUCAUUGCAGGGAAAGAAAAAGAUGUUCCUUUCUCAUUUUUAAUCAAGAUUUUAAGAAUACAAAACAAUUGCUGCUUCACCUUCACUCCAUUGCUGCUCAUUAAUGUCUAUUUAAUGUCACUUCAGUGUUUUGUCCCAGAAGAGUAUUAGCCUUGAGCUAUCUAAAGCACAUGCAAGUCUUUCCCUUGCCUUCACUGUGAGCUUCAUCAGAUCCCAGUAGGUUAAUUAGGGUACAGGAGGCAAAUAGUUCCCAGAUUUUCCCCUCUCUUCCCAAUUAAGGAAUAAAAAGCUUGGAAUUGCUCAUCCAGUAUUUUCAUAAACUGCAACUUUAGGGUUGGGCUAGAAAAACAGAGGAACCAAAGUGCAGAAUCCUAUUGUAGCAGAGGAGCAGGCGACAGGAUGAUGCGCAGCACCAGAAGGUCAAAACCAGUGUUUAAAAUAGUUCAGGUUUGAUCCCACAGGGCUUGAGCUCUGCCCUGGGAUACCUUAAUGCAGAUGCCACAGCUAAAGCUUCAUGUAUUUCCCUUACACUUAGUGCAGUGGCAGUGACAGCCAAAUACUUAAAUCCUCUGAUUUGUAUCUAAGAGCCAGGCUGUCUGUGAGGGUAUAUUGACACUGCCUACUCAAAUCAACAGAGCUUUGCUGCUUUAUACAAGCUGAGGAUCCAGGCCAUAACUUCAUAAAAACCAUAGCUCCUUUUUCACUCAGUCAGAAGCCAGCUGAUGGUAGGAGCCUCCUCCUCUCCUUUGGUGUUAGCUUCCAGUGCCAACCUGACUAUGAAAGUGGCUGUUUAC